GACCGCAACCACAACCACAACCACAGCAUGCCUGUCCGUCUACCACAGGCUGCCGGCCUCUACAAAUGCCCCUCAUGCGCUGCCCGCUCGUCCUCGCGUCCCUUCUCGGCCUCGGCCACACAGCUGGCUCUCGGUCCCGAAUCUCCUCGCUACAUCGAUAUUCCCCAACCGCCGCAGCAAUCCAUCCCGGACAAGACCCGUCUGAAGGGUAUCCUGCCCGUCCCUCGCGAUGUCUUUGCCGGCGAAGACCCCAAAACUCCCAUCAACCUGGACCAAGCCACAAAGGAGCCCGCCGUCCAACCAUCUCACAAUGACCCUCGCUCUGUCUGGAAAGACCGCAUGGCUGCGUCGCGGAGGAAGAACUUGAAAGAGGGGUUGCAAGCUCUGCAACAUCGCAGAAUCAAGUCCGACACGUACAUGGCCACCCGUGCCGCCCUCCGCCAACAAGACCGUGAAGCUCGUCUGCACCGCCCGGAGCCAGAUGAUGAGCGCUUGACCGCUCCCUCGGUCGACAGCAACCUACUCAGCCUUCUGCAGAAGGGUCCCCUGCCCGAUCCGAACAAGGACCACCGUCUGGCCCAAAUGCGUGCCCGACAGGCCGCAGUCUCCCACGCUCGUCAAGAGGACCGCCGAGACGCCUUGCACUCGCUAUAUGUCAAUGCUCGCGACUUCAUUGUUACCGAUGCUCAGCUCAACGCCGCAAUUGACAGGUCUUUCGGCACUGUCGACCAGCCUCGCGCCUUUGGCUCAGGCGGUGCCAGUAUCUGGGAUAGUGCCCAAAGUGCUCCCAGCUCCGUUGUAGACAUGCUCAACACCGCCACUGCUAGAGGAACCCGUGGUGGUGCUCUCAGCCAAUCUGCUCAAAACAGGGAGAGUGCUCUCACACACGCUAGAGUUCGUAAGAUGGCUGCUGAGCUGACCGGCGGUCAGUUGCCAAACAGGUCUUCCACCUAGUUUGCUUGUAUCAUAUCCUUUCUACCGCCCUUUCUUUGCUUCAUCUUCUACCAUUCUUGUCUCCCACCCAGUGUUUACUCGUGUUUGCAUAUUGCCCUCAUAAAAGACAGCGGUUUUGCUGUUUUCAAAUCUUUUUUUGAGUACCGAAACUCGUUGAUACCCGUCGCAGACAGAAAAUUUAAGUCUCGCUUGUCGACAAGCUGCAUGAGAUGGGUCUCUGAUUAUCUAGCUCGCAAGUCGAAAGGAUGAAAGGCUCUAGUCUCAGGUGUCCGAAGCCUGAAAGCCACAGCUUUUUUGAAACCUGACAUGUAGCUAUGAACAAACUCUUACAAGGCUAUUCCAACACAGCAGACAAAAAUCAGC